AGAUGUUUUUUAACUUCCUGGUCAGUAUAUGUGUGGUAGAAAUACACUACAUCAUACCUCCGGCUUAUUAAAGGUACACAUUGUGUAGAAUGGAGGUGUGUCCUUUGUGGUUGGUGAUUCUCUACCUCAUAUCAUCGGUUCACAUUGUCAACACAUCAGUAAACACUAGUCUUGGACCGACAGUCACGACAAGUCAGAGUUCAAAUUAUGAUAACACGCACAUUAGUGACAAGGUAGUAGAUACCUGUACUAAUCAGACGUUUGGAAGUGGUUGUUGCUCACAUACAAACGGGAAACCUUCACCAAAUGAAGCUUGGUGGCAGAUUAGCCUUGGUGAUCAAGUCGUCAUCGAAUACGUCAAAAUAUACCACAGAGAUGAGGGACGAUCAUUAGCGCAAAAAGAUCGAUUCGCGGGUCAUCAAAUAUAUCUGUCAGAUACUACAACAGGUUGGAGAAACAGUGGCAGCUGUUAUGCAGACACAACUUCUCAAAAUAGUAUGGUGGACCUAACUCCACGAAUCACAUCAUGUACAGGCAACACCCGAUACCUGACAAUUUUCGUCGACCGUCAAACACAAAGUUACGAUUGGUACUCUACACAAGCUAUACUGGAACUCUGUGAAGUACAAGUUUAUGGUUGUCCAGUAGGAAAAUAUGGCAUCAGUAACUGUGGUAGCAACUGUGAUACAACCUGUGUUAGCAGCCUGUGUCAUCCUAGCAGCGGUCAGUGUACAUACUGUGCGCCGGGAUUUUAUAAGUCCAGGCUUGUUUGUACAGCAUGUCCGACAAACUGUUUGAAUGGCGUGUGCAAUGAGGAGUCCGGUGUUUGCUCAGCUUGCGUCGAUGGGUACCAUGGCAGCCAGUGUGACCAAUCAUGUCCAGACAACUGUCGAGACAAGAUAUGUGACCAAACUAGCAGUGUGUGUACAGCUUGCGUCGAUGGGUACCAUGACAGUCAGUGUGACCAAUUAUGCCCAGACAACUGUCAAGACAAGAUAUGUGACCAAAAUAGCAGUAUAUGUAAAGCUUGCGUCGAUGGGUACCAUGGCAGCCAGUGUGACCAAUUAUGCCCAGACAACUGUCAAGACAAGAUAUGUGACCAAAAUAGCAGUAUGUGUAAAGCUUGCGUCGAUGGGUACCACGGCAGUCAGUGUGACCAAUCGUGUCCAGACAACUGUCAAGACAAGAUAUGUGACCAAUAUAGCAGUAUGUGUAAAGCUUGCAUGAACGGGUACCAUGGCAGCUACUGUAACCAAACAUGCUCUAUCAACUGUCAAGAUAUGAUUUGUGACCAAUAUAGCAGUGUGUGUACAGGUAAGCUGUGA